GUUUGGAGUUUGGAAGGCCCAAACUCCCUCCAGAGUUGCGUCCUUAAUCCCUUACCUUAUCUCUCUCCAGUUCUCUCAUUCUCUUUUCUCAUAACUCCCUCAUCAAUCCACCCAAAACCUCGCUCAUACUAUUAUAAACUCUAUACCCCCCUUUUGUGAACAAAAUUAAUUAUUGUAUUGAGGGAACUUAACUUCCAUAGUUGAGAACUUGAAGUAAUGGAGUCAAAAUCUCAGGUGGAAACGACGUCGCUUCUUGCCCGACAACCCUCAGGUAUUCGAGCUCUUCCUUCUCAUGAUGAUGAUGAUGAUGUUGAUGAAUUUGUUAUAGAAUCAGUUGCCGAAAACAAUAAUUCUCCUGAAAAAAUGAGUGAAAACGAUGAAAUUAAUAAGAAUUCUACUACUAGUAGCAGUAAUGGCAGCAGUAAUGGUAGUAUUAGUAGUAGUUUUACUAGUAGUGGUGGUAAUAAUGGGAGUUAUGUGAAUGGUGAGGAGGAGUUUGAGACUCCUAUGGCUGGCCCAGAUGAUGGAACCCUAGAAAAAUUAGGUGAGGUGGGUGUAAUUGAUGAACCUGCAUCUGGGUCUUCGUUGGUUUCGCCGGGUGUGAGGGGCCGGAAGGCGGGUUUGCCGGUAGCGAAGGUGUCGGAUGAUGGGGAUGAUGAAGAAAAUGAGGUGGGUAGCGGAGAGGAGGAUAGUGGUGAAGUUGUGGAUGAGAUGGAUAGGUCAUAUGCUGCUGAAAAGGCUCCUAGAGUUAGGGUUUUGGGUGAGGAGGGAGAGAAUGAGGACGAGGUUUUUGAGGAGGUGAACGAAGAAACGAGUGUUUUGAGUGGUGAGGGGGUUAUAGAGAAGAGGGGAGGUGAGUCUGUGGAGGGUAAGGGUGUUGGUGUUGAUGACGGUGUAGGUUCCAAAAAGGAAGAGAAUGCUUCUCUAGAUUCCGGAAAUGCUGCUUCUGGUGGUGUUGAGUUGGUUGAUGAGGGAGAUGCUGUUGUGGACUCCAUAAAGGUGGAUGCUGGCGAAGCUGUAAGGUCAGGAGUUGCUGUUGUUGGGGUCGAAGAGGAAAGCAAGCCUUCAAAAAUUGAAUCUUUCGAGGAGCUGAAAACAGAAAAAAUAGGUGAAUUGGGUAAUGAGGGUGCUGAAAAGGAGAGAGAGGGUGAGUCUUUGGAGGCUAAGGGGGUCGAUGGUGAUGAUAGUGUGGGUUCUAAAUUUGAAGAUAAGACUUCCUUGGAUACCACGAAAGUUGACUCUCGUAGUAUUGAGUUGGUUAAUGAGGGGGAUGCUGUUGUGGACUCCAUAAACGUGGAUGCUGGUGAAGUUGUGAGGUCAGGGGUUGCUGUUGUUGUAAUAGAAGAGGAAAGGCAGGAUUCAGAUGUUGAAUCAAUGGACAAUAUCACUGAGGAUAGAGAAGAAAAAGUGGAUUCUGAGGUUAAAGUAGGGGAGGAAAUCUCUGUUGUUGAAGAACCCACUUCAGUAGAUCCUGUAUCUGUUGAAGGUACUGCGGUGAAGGUAACUGAUGAGGGGGAUUCUAGAUUGGAAUUGAAACAUGAUGCUGUGGAGGCUUAUAGGUCUGGAGCUAUUAUAGUUGGGGAGAUAGAAGACACGAAAGGCUCAGAAAAUACAGGAAUUGAGGUUGGAGAUACUGUUGUUGAAGAAUCUGCGUCUAUGAAAGAAGAUUUUGUCUCCGAAGAAACGGCUGAAGGAGACUCUAAAUCUGUAAAAUCUGAUGAGGUAAAGGUUACAGGUGAAGGAGACUCUAAAUCUACAAAUUCUAAUGAGGCAAUGGUAACUGGUGAAGGAGACUUUAAAUCUGUAAAUUCUGAUGAGGCAAAGGUUACGGGUGAAGGAGCCUCUAAAUCUGUAAAAUUUGAUGAGCCAAAGAUUACGGGUGAAGGGGAUUCUGUUGUUGAUGGGAUGAUUAUUGAUGCUGUUGAGGCUGUAAGAUCUGGAGUAGCUGUUGUGGGGGAUUCUAGAGCAGUGGAAACGGAAAUGGAAGUCAAGGAUGUCGCAGCACGUGUUAGUGAAAACGUGACGUUGGCUAAUGAGUUGGCGCCACAGGUUUGUGCUAACACAUCCGAGGUUGGUGAACAGCACAAAGAGGCACUUCCAAGAGAAGUAGAAACACCUGCACUAGUAGAGAUUGCUGAGCAACUGAACACAGAGGGGACUGAGUCCGAAGUUGAUGAAUCAUCCAAGCAGCGCGAGUCUGUUCACGAGGUACAAUCUGUUUCUGGUGGGGAUCAAGACAAGGUUCAGCAUGCAGAAGUGGAUAAUGCUGCAUCUGAUAAGAUUGAUGCUAAAACUUUGAGCUCAGAUAAGGGACAGGAAGCUGAGGAGAGGUUUCAUGUACCACAAGAGGAGCAUGAUGAUGGAGGCUCUUAUGCCUCUGAUGGUGAAGAUGAAUCUGUGUUCUUUAAGAAUAAAGUAUCUUCCAGAGAUUUUAUGGAAGAGUUGGCAUCUGGUGAUCGUUCCGAGAUUAUUGAUGGCCAGAUUGUCACAGACUCAGAGGAAGAAGCUGAUUCUGAUGAGGAAGGGGAGGGUAGAGAAUUGAUUGAUUCUGCUGCAUUAGCUGCUCUUUUGAAAGCGGCAACUAGUGGUGGCUCAGAUUCUGGCCCUAUCACUAUAACAUCUCAAGAUGGGUCUCGCCUUUUCUCUGUUGAGCGUCCUGCUGGUCUAGGAACAUCACUUCGUUCUGUGAGACCUGCGUCAAGCUCAAGCAACUCCAGCAUCUUUGCUCCACCAAGUGUUGCUGCUCCAUCUGAGGAGAGCCUAAGUGACGAAGACAAAAAGAAGCUGCAGAAUAUACAUGAGUUGAGGGUGAAAUUCUUGAGGCUUGUUCAAAGACUUCGCCAGACAGCAGAUCAAUCUGUAUCAGCACAAGUUCUCUAUAAACUAGGAAUUCUUGCAGGUAGGUCAGCACUUCCGUCCUUCACUCUUGAUAAUGCGAAACAGACAGCUAUGCGGCUUGAGGCUGAGGAGAAAGAUGAUUUAGACUUUUCCUUGAACAUCCUGGUUCUUGGCAAAACUGGUGUUGGCAAGAGUGCCACCAUCAAUUCUAUAUUUGGUGAAGAUAAGGUCAAAAUUAAUGCAUUUGAACCUGAAACCACUUCUGUUAAUGAGGUUUGUGGAAUCGUGGACGGCGUCAAGCUAAGGGUCAUUGAUGCACCUGGUCUUAAAUCAUCUGCAAUGGAUCAAGGCUUCAACCGUAAAGUCUUAGCCUCGGUCGCGAAGCUCACCAAAAGAUACCCUCCAGAUCUCACGCUUUAUGUGGAUCGGUUGGAUUCACAAACAAGAGAUCUAAAUGAUCUACCUAUGUUGAGGACAAUUACCAACUCUCUUGGGACUUCAAUCUGGCGGAGUGUCAUUCUCACUCUCACUCAUGCUGCUUGUGCACCUCCAGAUGGUCCAUCUGGUGUUCCAUUGGGUUACGAGGUGUUCGUGGGGCAGCGUAGCCAUAUUAUUCAGCAGUCCAUUGGUCAAGCGGUUGGUGAUUUGCGUUUUAUGAAUCUAGGCAUGAUGAAUCCUGUCUCCCUUGUGGAGAACCACCCUGCUUGUCGUAAGAACCGAGAAGGCGAGAAGGUACUUCCUAAUGGCCAGGCUUGGAGACCACAGUUAUUGUUGCUGUGCUACUCUUUAAAAAUCUUGGCUGACGCAAGUUUGGCCUCAAAGCCUCAAGAACCUGUAGAUCCCAGGAAACUUUUUGGUUUCCGUGUUCGUUCCCCUCCUCUCCCAUACUUGUUAUCUUCAUUGCUGCAACCUCGUACUCACCCCAAACUUUCAGCUGAUCAGGGUGGUGACAAUGGUGAUUCUGAUGUUGACUUGGACGACUUGUCCGAUUCUGAUCAGGAAGAAGAAGACGAGUAUGAUCAACUCCCACCAUUUAAGCCUUUGAGGAAAAUUCAGAUUGCUAAGCUUAGCAAGGAACAGAGAAAGGCAUAUUUUGAGGAAUAUGAUUAUCGAGUGAAGCUUCUUCAGAAGAAGCAGUGGAGAGAGGAGCUCAAGAGAAUGAGGGAAAUGAAGAAUGGGAAGAAUAGUAUGGAUGACUCCAGUGAGAUGCCAGAAGAUUAUGAUGCUGAGAAUGGAUCCCCAGCUGCUGUACCCGUGCCAUUGCCUGACAUGGUUUUGCCGCCAUCAUUUGACAGCGACACUCCAGCUUACCGAUAUCGGUUCUUGGAACCAACAUCACAAUUCUUGGCUCGGCCAGUUUUGGACACCCAUGGUUGGGACCAUGAUUGUGGGUAUGAUGGUGUCAAUGUUGAGCAGAAUCUUGGAAUUGCGGGACGCUUCCCUGCAGCAGUUACAGUCCAGGUGACAAAAGAUAAGAAAGACUUCAACAUCCAUUUGGAUUCUGCAGUUUCGGCGAAGCAUGGAGAAAAUGGUUCUAGCUUAGUUGGCUUUGAUGUUCAAACUAUUGGUAAGCAGCUUGCUUACAUUGUGAGAGGAGAAAGCAAAUUCAAAAACUUGAAGAAGAACAAGACAGCUGCGGGAGUAUCUGUUACCUUUUUGGGGGAGAAUGUGGCCACAGGAGUGAAGCUUGAAGAUCAAAUUGCUUUAGGCAAGAGGCUGGUUUUGGUGGGGAGCACAGGAACUGUUCGCUCUCAAAAGGAUGCUGCUUAUGGAGCUAAUUUGGAAGUGCGUCUCAGAGAGGCAGAUUAUCCUAUUGGCCAAGAUCAGUCCUCGUUUGUGCUAUCAUUGAUGAAAUGGAGAGGGGACUUGGCAAUCGGAGGUAACCUUCAGUCGCAAAUUUCUGUUGGCCGGGGUUCGAAGAUGGCUGUUCGUGUUGCCCUGAACAACAAACAGAGUGGGCAGAUCACAGUGAGGACAAGCAGCUCUGAUCAUCUUGCUCUUGCGUAUGCUGGUCUCAUGCCAAUUGCUCUUGCCCUUUAUCAAAAAUUGAGGCCGAAUGUCACUGAGAAUUACUCUAUCUACUAAAAUCCCAUUUCAUUUUUGGUUUCUGUCAUUUGUUUUCUUUUAUCAAUGUUGAUUAUAUUGUGACGAAUACUUUGCUAUAUCUUGAGUCACUUUCUUUUAUCAUUUUUAAUAAUGCUGUGUCUCGUCACUAUAGUUAUUCUAUUUGGGGUUGUCCCUAGUAAUGCGGGUUAUUAUUAAUGUAUUCAAUAUGAGUAUGAAAUUGGAUUUUGUUCUUUCCUGUUC